AUGUCGGGAAAAUACGCCUUCACCAAGUCCCUCAAGGAGCUUCGCUUCCUCUUCUGCCAGACCUCGGAGGUCAGCGCGCCCGUACGUCCGCACAAUGCGCUGGCUUCGGACGAAUCAGCUAACGCGGGAAUCGCUAGCAACUUCCUCGUCCGCGCGUAUCCUACGAUGAAGAAGAACAACCCCAACGUCCCCAUCAUGAUGCGCGAGGCGGCCGGCACCGUUCCCAAGGUCUUUGCUCGCUACGAGUUUGGCGUUGAAAAGGCACAGUCGCUCGAGGGCCUUUCGGAUAAGCAAAUUGAAGACACAAUCACCGGCCUCGUCAAGCAGUAA